GCAAUGGAACUGGUCUCAACAUCAGUUGGCAACUUCACAGUUGAUCUUUUCAACAAGCUGAAUGAGACCAACAAGGGCAAAAACAUUUUCUUUUCCCCUUGGAGUAUAUCGUCUGCUCUGGCUCUGAUGUACCUGGGUGCAAAAGGUGAUACAGCAACAGAGAUGGCAAAGGUUCUUCAUUUCACUCAAGCAGCAGGAGCUGAAGGCUCUUCUUCUGUGGCCGGAUCUUCUCUGGGGAGACAAAAGAGAAGAAAAAUGGAUCCUGAGCCCAAGGAAGUUGAAGAUAUCCAUUCUGGCUUCAAAGAGCUCCUGACUGCCAUCAACAAACCCAGAUGCACCUACUCCCUGAAAAGUGCCAACCGCAUCUACGUGGAAAAAACCUUCCCAUUAUUGCCUAGAUACAAACAACUCAGUAAGAACCACUACAAAGCAGAGCCACACAAGGUUAACUUUAAGACAGCACCAGAACAAUCCAGAAAGGAAAUCAAUGCUUGGGUUGAAAAACAAACUGAGGGCAAAAUCAAGAAUUUGCUGACUUCACAAGAUGUGGUAAACUCCACCAAGCUGAUCCUGGUAAAUGCCAUUUACUUCAAGGCCGAAUGGGAAGUGACAUUUCAGGCAGAAAAUACGAAUCUGCAACCCUUUCGACUGAGCAAGAACAAGACUAAGCCUGUGAAGAUGAUGUACAUGAGACAUACAUUUCCAGUUCUCAUCAUGGAAGCAAUGAAUUUCAAAAUGAUUGAGUUGCCGUAUGUGAAACACGAACUCAGUAUGUUCAUCCUCCUUCCCAAUGACAUCAAAGACAGCACUACAGGUCUUGAACAGCUGGAAAGAGAACUGACGUAUGAGAAGCUGUCCGAAUGGACUGAUUCCAAGAAGAUGACCGAAACUCUUGUGGAUCUGUACCUACCUAAGUUCAAAAUGGAGGAGAGAUACAACCUCAGUGAUAACCUGAACAGCAUGGGAAUGCACAGUGCUUUCAGCAGCAAUGCUGAUUUCAGUGGAAUAACUGAGAAGGGUGAUGUGCUGAUCUCCAAAGUUAUUCAUAAGUCUUUUGUGGCAGUUGAUGAGAAAGGCACUGAGGCAGCUGCUGCUACUGCAACUGCAAGUUUAACAAGUUUACCUGUUAGCCAUGCUCUGAAAUUUAAGGUUGACCACCCUUUCCACUUCUUCAUCAGACACAACAAAACCAAGACCAUCCUCUUUUUUGGCAGAUUCUGCUCUCCCCUAGAAUGA